UCAUUUUUAAAAAGUACGGAUGAGCUCGUUAUUUCGUUGCGAGCAAAUUUUCAAAAUAACACGAAAGUUCAAUUUAAUUGACUAGGGCGUAAUUGACGUAAAGGUAUUUUACUGCAACUAAAUCGUAUAAAUAUAUUGUGCGGAUUUCUUUAUCGUUCAUCAACAAACAUGCAUCAAAUUCACAGUAGCCGUUCUGUAUUAAUUUAUUCAACUGCGACAAAUUGUUCAAACGUUUUCAUAAACAAAGUAAACCAGGUAAAAUGAUUAAAUAAUGAAUGUACAUUCUCUAAAAUGUCUAUGUUCUUUAUUAAUAACGGCUGUACUGCUAGACAAUUCUCUUGUUUGUGUCAAUGUUUUGAUGCUUUAUCUUUUAAGGUUAAGGAGAAUGAAUUUAUACAUUAUUUUACUGGUUUGCUGGCUUGGCAUAGCAACUACAAUGGGAUCAGAGGGAUUCUACAAUAUCGCUCAUAUGACCAACAACAAAGAAUCUGUUAUAUGGGCAGUCGAAAAAGGAGCCAACUCAGUGGAGAUUGAUUUAAAGUUUGAUGAGGAAGGUGUUCCGUUAAAAUUUCAUCACGGUUUCCCAUGUGAUUGUUCGUGCAUGUGUCCAAUGUAAAUAUACAUAACAAUACUAUUACUUCUGUUUACCUGUUAGUGUGAUAAAU